CGUCGCCGCCGCCGCCGCCCCCUCCGUCGCCUCUCGGGGAAGGGGAAGACGCAAGGGGCAUCGCAGGGCCCCGGCGGAGGUGCCCCCCACCGCCUCUCGGGCUGCGCCGCCUCGCGGGGAUGAAGCACUGGCCGUGAAGAUGGAGGUGACCUGCCUUCUACUUCUGGCGCUGAUCCCCUUCCACUGCCGGGGACAAGGAGUCUACGCUCCAGCCCAGGCUCAGAUCGUGCACGCGGGCCAGGCGUGUGUGGUGAAAGAGGACAACAUCAGUGAGCGCGUCUACACCAUCCGGGAGGGGGACACCUUGGUGCUGCAGUGCCUGGUCACCGGGCACCCUCGGCCCCAGGUGCGUUGGACCAAGACCGCGGGCAGCGCGUCGGACAAGUUCCAGGAGACGUCGGUGUUCAAUGAGACACUGCGCAUCGAGCGCAUCGCGCGCACGCAGGGCGGCCGCUACUACUGCAAGGCCGAGAACGGCGUGGGCGUGCCUGCCAUCAAGUCCAUCCGGGUGGACGUGCAGUACCUGGACGAGCCAGUGCUGACAGUACACCAGACAGUGAGUGAUGUUCGAGGCAACUUCUACCAGGAGAAGACGGUGUUCCUGCGCUGUACGGUCAACUCCAACCCACCUGCCCGCUUCAUCUGGAAGCGGGGCUCGGACACCUUGUCUCACAGCCAGGACAAUGGGGUCGACAUCUAUGAGCCCCUCUACACCCAGGGGGAGACCAAGGUCCUGAAGCUGAAGAACCUGCGGCCCCAGGACUAUGCCAGCUACACCUGCCAGGUGUCUGUACGCAACGUGUGUGGCAUCCCGGACAAGGCCGUCACCUUCCGGCUCACCAACACCACGGCACCACCAGCCCUGAAGCUGUCUGUGAACGAAACUCUGGUGGUGAACCCUGGGGAGAAUGUGACGGUACAGUGUCUGCUGACAGGCGGUGAUCCCCUGCCCCAGCUGCAGUGGUCCCAUGGACCAGGCCCGCUGCCCCUGGGUGCCCUGGCCCAGGGUGGCACCCUCAGCAUCCCUUCAGUGCAGGCCCGAGACUCUGGCUACUACAACUGCACAGCCACCAACAAUGUGGGCAACCCUGCCAAGAAGACUGUCAACCUCCUGGUGCGAUCCAUGAAGAAUGCCACAUUCCAGAUCACCCCAGAUGUGAUCAAAGAGAGCGAGAACAUACAGCUGGGCCAGGACCUGAAGCUGUCAUGCCAUGUGGAUGCAGUGCCCCAGGAGAAGGUGACCUACCAGUGGUUCAAGAAUGGCAAGCCAGCGCGCAUGUCCAAGAGGCUGCUGGUGACUCGCAAUGACCCUGAGUUGCCCGCUGUCACCAGCAGCCUAGAGCUCAUUGACCUACACUUCAGCGACUACGGCACCUAUCUGUGUGUGGCUUCCUUCCCGGGGGCACCUGUGCCCGACCUGAGCGUCGAGGUCAACAUCUCCUCUGAGACAGUGCCUCCCACCAUCAGCGUGCCCAAGGGCAGGGCCGUGGUGACCGUGCGCGAGGGCUCGCCCGCCGAGCUGCAGUGCGAGGUGCGGGGCAAGCCGCGGCCGCCUGUGCUUUGGUCCCGUGUGGACAAGGACGCUGCGUUGCUGCCCUCGGGGCUGACCCUCGAGGAGACCUCGGACGGGAAGCUGCGGCUGGAGCGCGUGAGCCGCGACAUGAGUGGGACCUACCGCUGCCAGACGGCUCGCUAUAAUGGCUUCAACGUGCGCCCCCGCGAGGCCCAGGUGCAGCUGAACGUGCAGUUCCCGCCGGAGGUGGAGCCCAGCUCCCAGGACGUGCGCCAGGCACUGGGCCGGCCAGUGCUGCUGCGCUGCUCGCUGCUUCGAGGCAGCCCCCAGCGCAUCUCCUCGGCUGUGUGGCGCUUCAAAGGGCAACUGCUGCCUCCGCCGCCUGCUGUCCCCGUCGCCGCCGAGGCCCCCGACCACUCCGAGCUGCGCCUCGACGCCGUCACCCGCGACAGCAGCGGCAGCUACGAGUGCAGCGUCUCCAACGACGUGGGCUCGGCUGCCUGCCUCUUCCAGGUCUCGGCCAAAGCCUACAGCCCGGAGUUUUACUUCGACACCCCCAACCCCACCCGCAGCCACAAGCUGUCCAAGAAUUACUCCUACGUGCUGCAGUGGACCCAGAGGGAGCCGGACGCUGUCGACCCUGUGCUCAACUACAGACUCAGUGUCCGCCAGUUGAAUCAGCAAAACGCCAUGGUGAAGGCCAUCCCGGUGCGGCAUGUGGAGAAGGGGCAGCUGCUGGAGUACAUCCUGACCGACCUCCGAGUGCCCCACAGCUACGAGGUCCGCCUCACGCCCUAUACCACUUUCGGGGCUGGAGAUACGGCCUCCCGCAUCAUCCACUACACAGAGCCCAUCAACUCUCCCAAUCUGUCAGACAACACCUGCCACUUUGAGGAUGAGAAGAUCUGUGGCUACACCCAGGACCUGACAGACAACUUUGACUGGACCCGGCAGAAUGCCCUCACCCAGAACCCCAAGCGCUCCCCCAACACUGGUCCCCCCACGGACAUAAGUGGCACCCCUGAGGGCUACUACAUGUUCAUUGAGACAUCAAGGCCCCGGGAGUUGGGGGACCGUGCGAGGUUGGUGAGUCCCCUGUACAACGCCAGCGCCAAGUUCUACUGCGUCUCCUUCUUCUACCACAUGUACGGGAAGCAUAUCGGCUCCCUCAACCUCCUGGUGCGGUCCCGGAACAGAGGGGCACUGGACACGCAUGCCUGGUCCCUCAGUGGCAAUAAGGGCAACGUGUGGCAGCAGGCGCAUGUGCCCAUCAACCCCAGCGGGCCCUUCCAGAUUAUUUUUGAGGGGGUUCGAGGCUCGGGCUACCUGGGGGAUAUCGCCAUAGAUGACGUCACACUGAAGAAGGGAGAGUGUCCCAGGAAGCAGAUGGAUCCCAAUAAAGUGGUGGUGAUGCCGGGCAGUGGAGCCGCCUGGCAGCCCCGCCCACAGCUCUGGGGGCCCGUGGCCAUCUUCCUCUUGGCGUUGCAGAGAUGAUGAGCGCUUCGUGGUCCCCCCACCCCGCCCCCGGCACACCAAAGUGUCCGCAUCGUACCAAAGACUGACCCCAUGCCAGCCGGGGUGCCCAGGGGCAGAGCCGCCCGCCAGUGAGGGGGCCUGCAUUGGCUGUGAGGAUGAGCAGAGAACAAGGACAGCGGCCCAGCACUGAGGCCCCGGAGACGUUUGUUCGACACACGCACACACUCACACACACACACAUAUAUUAA